AUGGUAUCACUACAGAAGCAUCUCUCAAAAACUCGAGACCCAAGAAUGACGAAUUCAUUUUUCUUUACUGCAAUGGUUUUGCUCCAAAUUGCGAGCAAUAUUCAUUGUAUGUCGAGUCCUAUUCGACCGUUUGCAACAUAUCGAAACAGAACCGAACUCAUCGAGAAUGUUGCAGAUUUGUGGUGGACAGUGAACGAUGGCAGCAAGGAAAUCAUAUUCGAAUUGCAUGUCAGAACGACAGGAUGGAUUGCGCUUGGUAUUGCAGCAGCCGAUGGAGUGACUGAGAGCGCAGACAUGGCUAUUGGCUGGAUUGAUGCAAAUGGGCAAUUGCAUUUUGAGGACCGAUAUGCUGUUGGCUUUACACUGCCAGUCAAAGACUCAACAACACAAGAUUGGCUUGGCUUGCAAGGUCGAGAGGAAAACAGUUGGACGGCCAUUCAAUUCAAGCGCGCAUUGAAUACAACAGAUUCCAUGGACGUUCCAAUUGAACCAGGUAUGAAUAUUCUCUUAUUCGCCUAUGGACUCAUUGAUCCAAAUCCUGACAUAACUUAUCAUGAAAAUCGUCGUAUCACACGCGAGCUUCCUUUGUGGAAGUCUUAA